GCACUGAACUGUACUAUGAUUCUCUUAUCUACCCUUCUUUCAUCUUUACGUUUCGUCAAUUAUAAGCAAUCUGAUUUAGGUUCUUUUUCAAUUACUAUUAUAUUCUGUAUUUAACUUAUGACAUUUAUUUUGUUGCCUGCAAUUUCUGGUUGGCAAGUUUGGUAACUCAAUUAGUCCCUUUUUGUUUUUAAGUGAAAAAAACAAAAAAGCUAAACUGUAUAUAUAUAAUCUCUUUGCAUGUUCUAGUAUCACAGAACUUGCACAGCAAAAAAAGGUUUUUUUUUGGGUUUGUUCAAAGACUUUGAUCAAAGGAGAUAAGGAGACUUGUUGGAGAGAUCUGAGAAAUGGCAAAGAAUUCUGCAAAUGGAGCUCACCAAACAACAACAAAGCCUCCUCCAACUCCAUCUCCAUUGCGCUUCUCAAAGUUCUUUCAGCCUAACAUGAGAAUUUUGGUUACUGGAGGAGCUGGAUUUAUUGGUUCCCAUCUAGUUGACAAAUUGAUGGAGAAUGAGAAGAAUGAGGUUAUUGUUGUCGACAACUUUUUCACUGGUUCGAAGGAUAAUCUUAAAAGAUGGAUUGGUCAUCCCAGAUUCGAGCUUAAACGCCAUGAUGUGACAGAGCCUUUGUUAGUUGAGGUUGAUCAGAUUUAUCAUCUUGCAUGCCCGGCUUCUCCAAUAUUCUACAAGUACAAUCCUGUUAAGACAAUAAAGACUAAUGUCAUUGGCACGCUAAAUAUGUUGGGCUUAGCAAAGCGUGUCGGAGCAAGGAUUCUGCUAACGUCAACCUCAGAGGUUUAUGGUGACCCUCUUGUGCAUCCUCAGACUGAGGAAUAUUGGGGUAAUGUUAACCCAAUUGGAGUUCGGAGCUGUUAUGAUGAGGGGAAGCGUGUGGCAGAGACAUUGAUGUUUGACUACCACCGACAACAUGGGAUUGAAAUUCGCAUUGCUAGAAUAUUCAAUACGUAUGGACCUCGGAUGAAUAUCGAUGAUGGGCGUGUGGUCAGCAACUUUAUAGCUCAAGCACUUCGUGAUGAACCAUUAACAGUUCAAGCUCCUGGGACACAGACUCGCAGUUUCUGUUACGUCUCUGAUAUGGUUAAUGGGCUUAUUCGGCUAAUGGAAGGGGAAAACACGGGGCCAAUCAACAUUGGAAAUCCAGGUGAAUUCACCAUGAUUGAGCUUGCGGAACUAGUCAAGGAGCUUAUCAAUCCAAAAGUGGAGAUCAAAUCGGUGGAAAAUACACCAGAUGAUCCAAGACAAAGGAAACCAGAUAUCGCAAAAGCAAAAGAAUUGUUAGGAUGGGAACCAAAAGUCAAAUUGCGCGAUGGCCUUCCACUAAUGGAAGAAGAUUUCAGACUCAGGCUUGGGGUCUCUAAAAAGAUAUAAAGAGAGUUGCAGAUUAUUUUGGCAUUCAUAUUAUUGAACCAAUAAUAUUUGAUAUUGUUUUUUGUUGUCUAUCCAUGAGGACAAUCUCCCUUGUUUUCUUUGAAUGUUUUUACUCAUGGUAUAUAGAGUUUUCUACUUCAUGUUUUGUUUUUGGAUGAAGAUUUGGGAAGUCAAGUGUGCUUCAUUUACUGUUUUCAUAAACAUGUGGCGAUUUCCCAUGUGAUUUAUUAAGAAAUUCUAUUGACACAAGUUGGUUUAAUC